AUGAGAAUUGCCUUGGCGCGGUUGUUGCUUUCCAAACCGUCCCUGUUGCUCUUGGAUGAACCUUCCAACCACUUGGAUUCUUCGGCUCGAGAUUGGCUGGGAAAAUACAUUGCUAAUUAUGAUGGUAGUGUGGUUUUGGUGUCCCACGACGUCUCUCUCAUGAAUGCUGGAGUCAACAACAUCGCUGAGAUUACCGGAAGCUCUCUAAUCGAAUACCGUUCUUGUUCAUAUGCCAACUACAAGGAGGAGAAAUUGUUCCGCGCCCAAACAGCACACUCCGAGUAUAUUCGCAACUUGGAAGAAGCCGCAAGGCUGCAAGCUUUUGUUGACAAGUUUGGAGCUUCGGCUACCAAGGCCAAGUCAGCACAAUCUCGUGUCAAAAUGCUGGAAAAGAUGAAAAAGGAGGGCAAGUUGGAUCCACCACCUCUGGCAGUUACAGCAAACGUUCGAAUCCCAGAACUCGUCUUGCCAACACCUCCCAAACCCAACGGAGAACAUUUGCUAACGCUGAAAGAUGCCACUAUUGGAUAUGACCCCAACGAAGCACCAUUGUUGGCAAACAUUAGCUUGAAGAUUCCCAGGGGAAUGAAGUUGUUGCUUCGAGGUCCCAACGGUGCCGGCAAGUCCACCCUCUUGAAAGCAUUGAGGGGCAACGUCCCUACCAUGAUUCAGAGUGGCGAACGCAUUGAAAACGAUCGAUUGCACUUGGGAACCUUUACGCAAGAUUUGGCCCAAGAGUUGGACCCCGAAGCUCGAGCUGUCGAUCUCGUCACGGCCUAUGCCCGCCAAGGCGACAUGGGAGACAUUACUGUGACAGAUGAAGCGGCUCGGAGUGUGUUGGGCCGCCUCAAUCUAGGAGGAGAAAAACCUCUGCGAAAGGUCGCUGCCUUGAGUGGCGGAGAAAAGGCCCGUGUUGCGUUGGGAAUGUUUGCCUUGAAACCCAGCAAUUUGCUCAUGUUAGACGAACCUAGCAAUCACCUCGACGUUGGAUGUAUUGAAGGCCUAGCCAGGGCUUUAUCGGGCUGGGGCGGCAAAGAUGGAGCGGUGGUGGUGAUAUCUCACGACCGUGAAUUUUGCGACAAGGUUGGGUUUACCCAUGUUGGAACUGUGAUGAAUGGUAAGCUACUGCUGGAGCAACGACCGCUCCGGGAAAGCGACUGGGAGCAGUACGAUAUUGGUGCUGCCAACGCCAAGUUGGCAUAA